AUGUUGCAAUCGCCUGCGGCAAGAGCGGCCGUGGUGUUGGCCCUGUCCGUGCCAGUGGUUCUGGCAUUUUCGGUAGUAUCCCCAUCCUCGCCAUUGGUGGGGGUAUCUCCAACCACUACCACACCACAACAACAUGUGGUUCUGCCACAACGACAGCGAGAAUCUUUCACGGCGCUCUUUGCCAAGAAAAAGGCCAACGCCAAGGCGGCUGCCUUGGAGGCUUUGGAAGCCCUCGAGACCUUGGAAGAAGUUCCUUCCAACGGUGCUGCUGCUGCUGUAGAUCCCUUUGCCAUUUUGGAUGAGCCACUUAGCAAGAAGGAACAAAUGGAACUCAAGAAGAAACAGAAAAAGGCUCAAAAGAAACAACAAAACCAAGGAGCCGAUGAUACUACUGCUGCUCCAGCCAAGAAAAUGAGCAAAAAGGAAGAAAUGCUCGCCAAAGCUUUGGAAAUGGAAGAUGCAUUGGCUCCUGAAGCCACACCAGAGCCGGCCAAAACGCCCAGGAGCAAAAAGGAACAAAUGCUCCUGAAAGCACUGGAAAUGGAAGAAAUGGAUGAUGCUAAUGCUUCCGACGAUAAUGUGGAACCAGAUAAUGACCAACCCAAACUGAGCAAGAAGGAAUUAAAAGCACUCAAAAAGAAGGAAGAAAAAAUGGCUGCCAAGCAAGCUGCCAAGUUGGAAAAGAAAAAGAAACGACAGGAAGAAUUGGAAGCUGCUAACGGUGCUGCUGAUGCGGAUGUGAAUGGGGCGGCACCCACCAACGGAGAAGCCGCAACAGCACCUCCAGCUCCGACAAAGGAAGUGACAUUGGAAGACAAGAUUCGAAAGGACCGUCCUCCACCACGCAUCCGCGUCAUGGAGAGUGCUCAACCUGGCUACACCAGUUUGCGACUGGAAAAUGUUGGUAUCACCUUCCGCAAUCAAGAAGUCUUGAAGGAUGUGACGUGGGGUGUGCAAACGGGAGACAGGAUAGGGUUGGUCGGAAAGAAUGGAGCCGGUAAAACUACCCAACUACGAAUCAUGGCAGGAGAACUGGAACCCACCACGGGCGAUGUCGUCAAGUCCAAGAGUGAUCUACGAGUAGCCGUGCUGCGACAAGAGUUUGUGGAAGAAUUGGUGGGUACCCGAACUCUGAAGGAGGAACUGCAAUCCAUCUUUGUCGAAGAAAAUGGUAUCUUGAAAGAGCUUAAGGAUAUUGAGACGGAACUGGCCAACAUGGGAGAGGAUGGUGAUCAGAACAGAAUGCAGGAUAUCUUGGAUCGUAUGCAGGAACUUCAAAACAAGGCCGAAGAAAAGGAUGUGUAUGCGCUGGAGAGCCGUGUGACCAAAGUGAUGGACUUGAUGGGAUUCGUAGAAGAUGAAGCAGAGGACCUCGUUUCUAGUUUUUCGGGAGGUUGGAAAAUGCGUAUUGGUCUUGGAAAGGUUCUGCUGCAAGAUCCAAAUAUCUUGCUCUUGGAUGAGCCGACAAAUCACUUGGAUCUUGAGAGCGUCGAAUGGCUGGAAGCCUUCCUCCGUCAACAAAACAUCCCAAUGGUCAUCGUGAGCCACGAUCGUGAGUUCCUGGACCAAGUGUGUACCAAAAUUGUAGAUGCAGAGGGGGGUCUAUGCACAGAAUAUGAUGGAAAUUAUUCAAGAUUUUUGCAGCUGAAGAAAGCUAGAAUGGAUGCCUGGCAGGCCGCGUACAAUGCACAAGAAAAGAAGAUCAAGGAAGAGAGGCAAUGGAUCCAAAAGUUCAAGGUGAAGCAACCGCAAGCUGUGAAGCAGCGAAUUGCAAAAAUAGAAAAGCUCAUGAAGAGCGAUGAUUACGUCAAGAAACCACCAUUCGACGGCAAACCUUUCCGGUUUCGAUUCCCCGACGCUCCUCGUAUCAGUCCUGAGGUCGCCGAAGUGCGCAAGAUGUCACAUGCAUACGUCAACGAGAAUAGCCGAAAUAGGUUGUUCGAAGACGCCGAAUUGACACUUGAAAAGGGAGAUCGAAUUGCCGUUGUCGGCCCCAAUGGUUCUGGUAAGAGUACGUUGCUAAGACUGUUGAUCGGCCGUGAAACUCCCGAUGAUGGUACAGCAAGGAUCGUUGGGUCGAAUGUACUCCAGAGCUAUUUUGAACAGAAUCAGGCGGAUGUUUUGGAUUUGGAGAAGACAGUACUCGAGACUAUCCAGGGCGCCAGUUCUGGGCAAUCGUACAAUGAGCUCCGAGCUAUGUUGGGCCAGUUCCUUUUCAAGGGUGACUCUGCGGAAAAGAAAGUCAAGUUCCUCAGCGGUGGAGAGAAGGCAAGGCUCUCCUUGUGCUGCAUGUUGCUUGAGCCAGCAAAUUUCCUAAUCUUGGACGAACCUACAAAUCACUUGGAUAUCCCAGCAAAGGAGAUGUUGGAAGAAGCUUUGCAGCACUUCAUGGGAUCAGUUAUGAUCGUAUCGCAUGAUCGGUACUUCAUUUCAAAGGUUGCAACAAGUAUUGUCGCCAUCGAAGACAAAAAGCUUGUGAAGUAUUCCGGGGACUAUAAGUAUUACAUGGAACAGAGCAAGAGCAUAAAGGAGAAGGUGGAAGCGCGAUACGUCACGGGCGUUUCUCGCAUCGAAUCUGCUCCGGUUAUCGACCUGGAAGAAAUCAGCAAACCGAAAGGAAAGUUUGGCGGGGCCAAGACUGCUCACAUGGUCACAAGGAAGGACAAAGGUAUCAAGAAUGCCAAGCGUAUGCAAAACUAA